AUGGGACAAGGUGCCUCGUCAGGACAGGACAAGAAGAAGAAGAGCUCUCAAAAACCCAAGUAUGAGCCUCCAGUGCAAUCCAAAUUUGGGAGGAAGAAGAGGAAGCACGGACCAGCCACGGCUGAGAAGCUGCCCAAAGUAUACCCAAACAUCCGUUGUAAGUUGAAACUUUUGAGGAUGGAGCGGAUCAAGGACCAUCUGUUGCUGGAGGAAGAGUUUGUGACAAACUCUGAGAUACUGAAACCGCUAGAGAAGAAACAGGAGGAGGAGAAGAAGCAAUUGGAAGAAAUCAGGGGCAACCCGUUGAGUAUUGGUACUUUGGAGGAGAUUAUUGACGACGAUCAUGCCAUUGUGACGAGUCCCACCAUGCCAGAUUACUACGUGUCCAUCUUAUCCUUCGUCGAUAAAGAACUGUUGGAACCCGGCUGUUCAGUUCUACUCCAUAAUAAGACCAUGUCCGUUGUCGGUGUAUUACAGGACGAUGCGGAUCCAAUGGUGUCUGUUAUGAAGAUGGACAAGUCUCCAACUGAGUCCUACAGUGACAUCGGUGGGUUGGAGUCUCAAAUCCAAGAAAUUAAAGAGUCUGUGGAACUACCUCUGACGCACCCUGAACUGUACGAGGAGAUGGGUAUUAAGCCACCAAAGGGUGUGAUUCUGUAUGGUGCACCAGGUACUGGUAAAACUCUCUUGGCGAAGGCCGUUGCAAAUCAAACAUCGGCGACUUUCUUGAGGAUCGUCGGGUCAGAACUGAUUCAAAAGUAUCUAGGUGACGGUCCCAGACUUUGUAGGCAGAUCUUCAAAGUUGCUGGUGACAACGCCCCCAGUAUUGUGUUCAUAGACGAAAUUGAUGCUAUUGGUACGAAGAGAUACGACUCGAAUAGUGGUGGUGAAAGGGAAAUCCAGAGGACUAUGUUGGAGUUGCUAAACCAGCUGGACGGGUUCGACGACAGGGGUGAUGUGAAGGUCAUCAUGGCUACGAACAAGAUUGAGACUCUGGACCCAGCGUUGAUCAGACCGGGCAGAAUCGACCGUAAGAUCCUUUUUGAGAGUCCGGACCUGGCCACGAAGAAGAAGAUCCUAGGGAUCCACACUUCGAAGAUGAACCUGAGCGCGGACGUGGACCUCGAGAAACUUGUAACGAGCAAAGACGACCUCUCGGGGGCCGACAUCCAGGCCGUGUGUACGGAGGCCGGGCUGCUUGCGCUCAGAGAGAGAAGAAUGCAAGUGACCGCGGAAGACUUCAAGCAGGCCAAGGAGCGUGUGAUGAAGAACAAAGUGGAGGAGAACCUGGAAGGCCUGUACCUAUGA